AUGUCACCAUUUGUAGAUCAACACAGUUAUGCUAUCCUGGACAAUGUAAUUCGCCAAGUAAAGGAAAGGCAGGAAUUUGAUCAAGAUUCUAUACACGUCCUUCAUUCUCUGUUCAAAGAAUAUUUAUUUGAAUCUAUUCAUAUUGCUGAAAGCAAAUCAGUUACCAAAAUAUGCUGUGAAUCAGGAAGAUAUUUAUUCAAUGUAUCUGAUCAUUGUCUUUAUUCAAAAGAGGAAGAAAAGGAUGAAUAUAGUCGAGACAUAUUUCUUUGUACUAUCGAACCAAGAUAUUGUUCAUGCAAGGAAUUUUUUGAUCGAGUACUUUGUCAUAAAGACCUAUUGAUGUGUCGACAUUUAUUAGCUGUGAUCAUUAGCGAUAUUUUUGAUAUGCAUCAAGUGGUAAACAUUGACAACAUUACAUUUGCCGAAGAAUAUUAUAAAUCUGGGUUAUUGCAUCCGUGA